UCUGGAUAUACCAUAUAUGUUCCUGAGGAGUCUCAAUCUGACCUAAUCUGAAGCGAGUAUAUAAACUAAAUGUCUGAUGUUGGGUUUGAGAUCAUAUGGCCUGGCUAAGCCACCCAGAGACACCCAAUCAGCAAUGCAGGGCUACAGAAUGAAAACUACAGAAACCAUCUGUUUCUAAUAUAAUCAUGUGGAUUGAACACAAUAAAGCCUUGCUUGAAUUUUUAGUCCCUGAAUGAUUACAAUAGCUCCGGUCAGAACAUUUGGAUGACCAUUCUGCUGAAUGUUUUUUUUCAUGUGCCAAUGAAACGACAGGAAAGCACCAAGCACUCCCCUUCAUCUCGACAUUGUUGAAAUAUUUUAAGAGCAAGGGGUACGCGUGCCUUUAGAAAAACAGUCUGUCUCGGAGAGAUUGCGAUAAACCCAAGGGACAUGUUUUGGUGACUAAAACUUGAAAAAAGAAAGAACAUUGUCUGGAUCAGUGAUCUAAAACAGAGACAAAUAUAACAGUGGAUAGUCUUCCUGUCUUUACCGGAUUUGCAAUAGAGCAUAUCACAAUUGUGAAAUUUUCUUGGCACUUUUCCAUGGGAACUUCCAUGGGAAUGAGUGCAAUGAGAAGCACCUCCAGGGAGGUCUUGUUAGAGUUUGAAUAAUAUUGUGUAGAUUGAAAGCAAAAGUGCAUUUUUCAGCUCUCUUCUGGGUGGUAGUGUGUCUUCUACAAGGAUUACCAUGAAGACAAAAAUCCAGCAAAAUGUAGAGCUCUAGUUUUACUUUGAUCCUUGCUUCUUCACAAGUCGGGAAGCUUAAAACAAGCCGGGGGAUCCCAAAACCACCUCUGACAAGCCAAACUUUCACCCAAGCAGAGACAAACAGCUUCAGUCACACCCAGGCAAGCGUGCAGGCUAAGAGGGAGCUCUGCAAAAGGAAACUUUUUACCUAGACGGAGCAGCACAACCAGGCUUUGGAGCAGGGAUGGAGUGUAAGCAUGAGCCAGUGAGGAGAGGGGACAGCUGGGGUGGGCCUACUGCCACAACAUCCUCCACCCUCGACAAGGCUGGAGCAGAGAGGUCCCUGGAGGGGACUGACUUCAAGGAAGGCACCCUGGAGAGCCAUAGUACUAACAUCUUGGAGAAAGAUGACCACUGUGGGGUUAAAAGAAAGCCAGGCUUGACUUCUUGCAUCAGCCAGAUGGAACGGAAAACAAACCUCAGCAGAAGUGCCAGUUUAUCUGAGAAGGAGCUGAAGGAGGCCAGAACCAAGAGUCAAAUCAUUGCUGCUCAGCUCCAAGCCAAUUCAAACUCAAAAGGCGUCCAGCUCUUCAACCGUCGCAGACAGAGAGUGAAUGCUUUCACACUUGUGAGCGUUGGAGGAGGGGGAUUGGAGGAAUCCAAGAAUGUUAUUGAUUCAUCUUCUGACAGUCCACUGACAUGGGACAAACAGCAUUCAACUGUGGAGGCGCACAAGGAGUUGAACCUCAGGAAUAGCAAGACAAAUCAUAGGUGGUCAGCUGGCAGAAUCUGCAGUACUGACAUGGAGGAUGCUAACAAGGUUACGCGUGAGGAUGUAGCGGAGGACACUGGACAAGAAAGACACUUUCUCCCUGUCAAUGAAAAGGAUGAAGAGCUCUCAGAGGAGACUACAGAAGCAGUGAAGGAUGAGAUUACUCUUAGAACUGACAAUAUCACUGCUGUUUUGGACAGUGCUUGUCACGAGGAAGCUGGAGUAAAUAGAGAACACAGUGACUCAGUAGACUCCAAUAAAGAAAAUUUGAAUGGAUACAGUACGCAGUGCAAUGGUAAAGUAACCAAGCCAGUGACAAAACAGUCCUCCAUCAUAAACAGAACAGCUCGGCCAUUUUUCUCUCCAACAACAGUUGGAUCAUCAGAGGCAGUAAGUCCAGUGAUGGACAUCCCUUUAGCCCCAUCCUUUCAGAAGCCCCCUACGACAACAUACUUUGAACCACAACCUUCAAAUUACCCAGACCCACCUUUCCCAGUGCAUGCAAGACCUGUGUUCUCUCCACUACCUCCUCCAACUUCAUAUCCAACCCCUCCACUCCCCCCCUACUUCAGCCCUCCUCCACCACAUACAUCCCACACUCCCUCACCACAACCUUCUUCCUACUAUAUCCGCCCAUCUGCCCCGAGACCCACAUUUGUUCCUGAGCUCUUAAGUGAGAAGAGGUCUACAACACCAAUUAAGACAGGCAUCCUUGAUGAAGGACGGAUUCGCAGAGGAACCCGUAAGUCGAUGUUUACAUUUCAGGAGAAGCCAAAAAUGGCACCAAAUCCUGAGCUUCUCUCCUUGGUGCAGGGAGCGGAUGAAAAGAAGAAGCAGAAAGCCCAGCCAGAUGCAGCGCAAGAGGAGGAGCUGCUGGCUCUUGGAGCCGAAGCCUCAAACUUUCUGGCCAAGGAGGAGGACAUUCAUGAGGAAGCUUUGGUGCCAGAGUGGGCCUCGAGUUUGAAGAGCUCUAGGACACGUGCCAGGAUGGAGCAGAAGCCAGAGCAAGCCCUGACCAACGCUUCGGGGAAAGGAGCGGAACUGUUUGCCAAGCGCCAGACCAGGAUGGAAAGGUACGUCCAUGACAACAAGGAGCGGCGGAGAUCACCUUCUCCUACCACGUCCUUACCUCCUUCAUGGGUGUACCCAUCCAACAUGCCUGGUCGAGUCAAGGCCAUUGUGAACACCUCCAAUAUAAGUGUACAGAUUUCAAAGACGCUUCAAUCUCAGCAGGCCACUCAUAAAAAGAAUGUCCCUGCCAAAACACCAUCACCAGCACCCGCUCCGCCUCCAGAGAUGCCCUUGGAGAAUGGCUGCACUAAAAUCGAGAUGGAGCUGUCGAGACAUCAGCCAUACCAGCUCAACUCAUCCCUCUUCAUUCUUAACCCAAUAAAAGAUCCCUACAGCUCUCUCUCUCUCCCUAGAGCUGCCCCACCUCCCAAGCCUGUCAUGACCUGCCAGUCCUUAUCCAGGCAAACCUCCCUUCCUUCAAGUACAUCGCUGUCACUUUACAGCCCUUCUGCAGCCAACAGGUCGGCCCAUUGUUUCUCUCCUCCCAUCACGCCACUCAGUCCCAGCACAGUGGGUAGCAUCAGUUCCCCUGUGUCUCCUUUAGGUCCAGAACGUGUAGCCUCACCUCGCUCUGGUGCCCAAGCGCCACGCCCCACCUUCUCUGCCAAGAAAGUCGGUAUUACCCCACAGAUUAAGGAAGAGACCCUGGCACCAGUCACUAGCACUGACUUCACCACCCCAACGUCCAGGAUGUCCAACCUCACUCAAUGUUUCACCAGUCCAGAUGUGACCUCCAGUGCGGUCUGGUCACCCAGUAGCCCUCUUGUGACCUCAAAAUCCUCCAGUCCCAUCUACAAGCCCACACCAACCUCCCCUUCACCCAGACCCAUCCACAAAUCCAUCACAAUAUGCUCUUCCUCAAGCCCCAUCCAUAAGCCCAUUGCAACCUCUCCAUCUCCUGGAACCAUAUACAAACCCACGGCCACCUCCCCCCUGUCUCCACCCUGGGAAACCAGGCACCAGUCCCCAGCCAUCAACCAGGACACCAAAGCCAACCAUCGCCUUUUGGCCAAAAACAUCAUCAAUGCUGCCAAGCGAAAAAACAGUCCAUCUCCUCGUGCACUGAGCGGGCACAGCUUGCCCAUCUCCCCAGUGAGCAGCGGCAUUGUCCCUUACGAACACAAACCCGUCAGUCCCUUUCAGCCACGGAUGCUGGGCGCUCAGUCGCCCACUCUUACCAGUCCCUCUCCCACCCGCAUGAUCCACUCUCCGGUGCGCUUGUACAACACCCGUUCACUCACCGACUCCGACGCCUCGGUUGAGUCAGAGGAUUCAGGUCUGCGCUCUCCUGGAGUGCGCAGCUACAACAUUUGCCCCCGUGGCUGGACCGGCGGUCUGCAGGUGAAGAGGGGAAGCAUGCCUGAAGAUCUGUAGGAAGCACUUAAGGAUGAUAAUACUUCAGCCUGAAAUUCAUUGUUGACCAGGAUCCAAAGUAUCCCUUAAAUAUUCAAUGUAAAAAACGCAUUUUGGAUUUGCUGAACAUGUGGACUGUGUGAUGGAAUUUUUUACAUGUUAAAGGGUAGGCUCAACCAAAAAUGAAAAUUCUGUCAUCAUUUACACAUCCUCAUUUUGUUCCAAACCUAUAUCAGCAUCUUUUUUCCAUGGAACAAAAAAGGAGAUGUUAAUGUUCUUAAUGUUCUCUUUGCUCUUUUCCAUACAAUGAAAGCAAAAUUUGGAUGUACGACUUGUGAGCUAUAUUCCAAGUCUUCUGAAGCCAUACGAUACCUUUGUUUGAGGAACAGACCAAAAUUGAAGUCAUUAUUAUUUGCUGAAAGUCUUCCCCUCUGCUGUAUCUCUCAAAUCAAAUAUCUUCAAAUUGUAUGGACAACGUUUAUCAAACUGGUAUCAUUGAAUUAAGUUACUUUACAUAUAUUUUUGCAAAAUGAUUUUUACGUGGCUCGUUUCACGAAUCACAGCAGUUUCCUGGUGAAAUGAAAACUAGAGGUGCUACAACAACAACAACUUUUAUUCACUUUCACACAAAUCACAAGUAAAACGGCAUAUUGUCAGUUCAUAAACACUUUCUUGAAGAGCGAGAGUCGACACGUGAGCCAAAAGUUUAUUAGAAGCACUACAAAAUGAAGUGGUUGCUUCAGCUUUUUAUGACACUAUCAGUUAGGUUUAGGUUUAGCUUGAUAGUUGAGGUAGACUAAUAUAUUGGUUUUAACAAUUAAUCGGUGCAGAUAGUUGCUUUUUGGAACUAUCGGUUAUCUGCAAAAAUAUAUGUCGAUAGUUGCCGAUAGUUCCUCUGUAGCCGCUGAAGGAUUCUAGAGUUAGAAUUCUAUAAAUUGAUUUAAAAAACUAAUCGGCCGAUUAAUCGGUUAUUGCCUUUUCCACCACUGUUAUCGAUACUGGCAAAAUCCACUAUUGGUCGACCUGUACUUGAUAAAGAAUUAACCAUAAAAAACCUUUAACUACCUUUCACCUCAAAACUGACGCAAUAUGUAUAAUGAGCCACAUAACAUAAUUUAGCAAAACAUUUUCCACAGUCACAUACUUUUCAUGAGCUCAGGCUGACCUUUAUAAUGCUUUUAUGAUGCUUUUGGCCAUUUUUUUUAGCAUCCGUGCACAUUCACUUUUAAUGUAUAAAGAAGAGCAGUGUGAAUGUGCCUAACAUCUCCUUAUGUGUUUCAUGGAAGAAAGGAAGUCAUACAGUUUUGGAGCAACAUGAGGGUGAAUAAAUUAAAACCGAACUUACAUUUUGUGGUGAAAUAUUCCUUUAAAAUGAAGUCUUGGUCUCAUCAACGCAGCUGACUGUAAUCAGAAGGCAAAAUGAAGAAGGCAUUACAUGGAUUCAGAAAAGUGUACCAAAGAACUUUGAUGCUUAUUACCAAAAAAAGAAAUGUGCAAGUAUUUUCAAACCAGUAUUAGUUAUUAUCCUCAUUUUUUUAAAUGUAUGUAAUAUAAAAGGGAUUUACCCUUUUGCUUUUUUUGUACAGUAUUGCUUUGACAAUGUUUGAGAGUAUUGGAAUGUGGUUGCACAAUGACAAUAUUUGUACUGUAGGUCCGACUCAAGUCAAACUUGUAAGGAAGUGACUGCUUAUUGCUGAUUGUGACUCAUUUUAAUGUAAAGGUAGAAGGACACAGCAAGGUUUUUACAGUAUGAGAGAGAAUGGUAGGGAUUCUUUAUAUUAAACAUACAGUACUAUAAAUGGAAGAUGCUGGUGAUUUGAAACCUAAUGCAGUUUCCAUAUUAGUUUAGCGCUGACAUACUGGACAAAAAUAAAACAGCUGGUCAUUUUUAACGAAUGCUUUACACGAGGGUGUGUAACAGGAAAGAGGAAAUUGGAAACAGUGUGAUUUCAUGUAAAAUGUUGGAAUAACAUGAUUGAACUGAUUCCAGUGUUCAUUAAUGCACCUUGCUUAGUUAUUCUAUAGUUUUGUUAAACUUCCCCAAGAGUGCAAAAAGAAGAGAAGAGAUAGGUUGAAUUCUUGCAGAGAUUUAGUGGGUGUACUGUAUAUGUGAGUUAAAGGGAUUGUUCACGCAAAAAAAUGAAAGUUCUGUUAUCAUUUACUUGUUGUUCCAAACCUGUAUGACUUUCUUUCAUCUGUGGAACACAAAAAGAGAUUAAAUGUUAACCUCAAGGCCCCAAUAUACUUUCAAAGAAGUCCUUCUUCAUUCCUUGUUCAGGGGUUUAAAAGAAGUUUGAAUCAGUCAAGCACCGGUAUACUGUUUGCAAACACUCCGGCCACAUUUAAAUAUGAGGACGCUCAGUAAAACCUUACCUAUAGUGACAUUAAAAUGUGUUAUCAAUGACUUUAUGCCUCAUUCUAUGAACAGAAUCAGUAAAAUGUGAAAAGUAAAAGAUGAUUUUUUUUUAACCACUCGAUAAUGAUUUAAACUAAUACAAAAGCAUUAGAAAAUACGCAAUUUGUUCCAUUUACAUUCUGAAUUCAUGACACUUACGCACUAACACUCUAUACGCUGCCAAAUAUGCACCGAUUACACUGUUAUUGUCAUUUAUGAUGACACUGAUACUACUGCAAAGAUUGGUUUAUAAAAGAGUGGGAAGAAUACAGACAAAAGAAUGACGAUAAGAGAGGUAUAUCUCAUUUUAAGCAGAUUUGUGAAUGGCUUUCGGCUGCAGAAGGCACAUAAGUGAAGCAGCAUAUAAAACAAAAGAGUGAAUGGGCACUUAAGAGUAUUUGAGUAGAUCUGAUUCCUUUUGUAGACUAGUUUAACAAACAAAAAGUCACAUGACAUGGUCUUGGAAAAUGUCUCUACGAGGACGAUUCUAUAGAUGUAGGUACAUUUUUGCACCAGUUCGCUAAUAACUCUACACGCCGAUGUGUUCAUGUUGACUGAUAUCAGCUGACUGAACGGCGUGAAUGGGAAUUAGUUGUCGGCCUCAAGGUACGUAGGUGGAGCUUCAGGUCACACCUAUCGAUGACGUUGACCAUUGGCAGCAAGAAGGUGUUUAGCAGCCGGUCAGAAUUUUUCCUUAAAUUUCACCCGGGCAAGCUAUUACGAACCACCGAAACGAAUGCAAAAACACCUACUUUUUGGCCAGAUUUAGUUCUAAAUGACACCACACCCGUUCAUUCUUUGAUUUCAUAUGAAGUAUAUCAGGGCCUUUAGUCACCAUUCACUUUCAUUGUUCUGCCUAACAUCUCCUUAUGUAUUCCAUCAAACAAAGAAAUUCGUAUGGGUUUGGAACAACAUGAGGGUUAAUAAAAUAGUACAUAAUGACAGAAUUGUCCUUUUUGUGUAAACUUUACCUUUGAACUUCACAUAGCGUUGCAGUAUAUCACAUAAAAGGGACUAAGGUCAUUCUGCCAUUAGGGUGACUGGAGUACUAAGUUGGUACAGUAAGGUAAAGUAGUUGCUUUUUUACACAUUGCAUACAAAUAAAUAUGGUAAUGGGGCACUUGUAAGGUCUAUCAUAUUUUUAAACUUCAACUUGAGUACUGUCUGUUUGUCUACAGCAUGCAUUACACUAGUCUGGUAUAUCUCACACAGAACAUAUUGUAUACUAUGUUUUAGUAAAAGGUAUUACACACUACUUAACACCAAACAUUGUCUGCCAUAGUUCUGAAAUCUUUUUAAGCUCUCAUCACUAGCACUCAUGUAAGAAUUAAAUCCCAAGUGUCAUUUAUGCCAAGUGCACUCAUGACAUGUUAGUAUGCACUCAGUAUUGGAUCACAGCACAUGAGAAAGUGAUUCUCUAUGUUGGUACAUCAGCAGAUGUUUGAGUAUUUACAUACGGACACAGUUUGAUUGACAGGGACAUCAGCUGCAAAGUGACUUGACACUUUUGGCUAGAAUAAUCGUCUCAGUAUCAAAGAUGCUUUACAACCCCCAUGAACCAGUGUGAUCCUUCAUUUGGACUUCUGGGAAAUGUUAUGCAUGAUUCAACUUACAUAUACUGUACAUUUUCUUUAAAGUUUGAUAUCAUGUUUGAGUAACCAGCCAUAAUGUUCUCUCUCUCUCUCUCUCUCUCUCUCUCUCUCUCUCUCUCUCUACAACUCUUUGUAAAGUAAGAGAAUAAACAAAAAUAAAGAAUGUCAUCUUCUUGGAUAAAGAA